AUGGGCAACGCCAACUCCACUGCCGCCAACAUUGGCGAUGCUUCAGCUGCAGACACAGCUAUCGACCCAGCCAUCAAGCGAUACCACAGCCACCAGGCAGCACACGCACACAGCAACGGUGCAGCUGCAGCUCACCCAUCAUCCGCAGCAUCACGUCAGAUCUCGGAUCGACAGUCGUCGGGCACUAGGCUCGGCAGAACCGCUUCCAUCUUUGGACGUGCAAGCAGUCAUGACGGUGCGACUACGCCGCAGCGCAAUCGCUCACGCAGUGGAAGCCUCACCGGUUUCCUCGCUACACAGAGACGAGGCUCCACCACUGCCGCUACCACGACCGCCGAUGCCUAUGCCACCGUCAAGGAAGGGCAAGAGCCACCACUAGACACCGCGCCUUCUACAUCGUCUUCGUCUCCCUCAGCCUCAAAUCGAGAUACCGACUUUGCCAGCUACGAGAUAUCCAACCCUGCCCCUGGCUCCGGCAUCGAGACCGCCAUUCGCGCCAAUCCUCGCACACGUCGACUCACCGAGGGUCUUGCCCUCCCUCCAUCACCAGGCAACUUCGAUCCUCGACACUAUGUCUCACCACACCCGAGCCCAUCCGUCGCCACGCAGGCUCACUAUGCUGCCGGUUUGCCAAGCCAUCACGUAACCACGGGUGUCUCGAGUGGUCUUCGUGUCUCAUCAACUGGCUUUGAGGCCCAUGCCGUGCCAGCCACCACCUUCAAAGGGUCCGAGCCCCAACACGUGCCGAAUGUGGCGGCUCGUGCACCCACACGUCACCCGCUCUUUGGCGUCGGUGGAACCAGCCUGUUUCCCAACGUUGGCACCAGCGUUGGCACCAAUCCCACUGCUUCGCCCCCUAUCGGUGGCUCGAGUCCGGUCCUCUCGUCACAGCCGCUCAUUACGGGCGAUGCUACAGACGAUGCGGAGGGCCCUCAACGCCUUCCCGCUGCGCUUCCAUCAUACCUCAAGAUCCCCACCGCCAUUCCCAGCUCUCAUGUCCACCCCAGCUCGCCACCGGCUAGCAUCUACUCGCAGCACUCGGACCGUUUCCGCCCGUCCUCCGAACGUCAACGUUCACCUUCGCCCUCGCUCAUGCACCAUCACGACGAUGCGCGCCCAUCUCACAUUGUUGCAGGUGCCGGAGCAGCGGCCGCGGUGCUCAACACAGAGGAUGUCGUCAUCCCUCCCGGAGACGCCAGCAAAGCCAGCUCGCCCACCGAGGAUCGAGGCCGCUUCUUUGCCAUGUCCAAGGAACCAUCCAGGCAAGCCGCUGGUUCCACCGAAAUAAGCGUCGAUGAAGCACGGGCCGCAGGUAUCGACGUCACAGAUCUGCCUAGCAGUCCAGCGACAGGCGAGCCGGACGAAGCUGCCGCAACAACCUCAUCGACAGAGAAGGACGAAACGCAACGAGCGUCAAGGGCACAGGCGCGCUCUUCGCAGCCAUCGGACGAGUCAGCCGGCGGCGCUACUGGCCGGUCAUCCCGCGAGCCCACUCCAACGCCUUCGAGCCAUGCCGCACGUGCUCAAACGCCGACGAGAAAGGGCGCACCCGCCGCUCUGCGUUCGCUUUCACCAGCAGUGGGACCGUCCACUUCCAGCGGACCACCCACCCAGCCCAUCUCCGCCAGACGCUCACAUGUCGACGUGCAGACCGGAGGCGAGAGCGGCUACAACACGCCCCUUCUGCCACCCGGGCUUACCUCUGCUCCACCGAGCGCUUCCAUCCCCGGUGUCACUCCACUUUCCGAGCUGUCGUCUCCGACCACCAAAGCCGACCGUGCCCGCCCACCGUCAGCGCCGCGCACACCAUCGGCGACUGGAAGCGCAGGCCAUGCUAGCCAGCCUACCACUCCGGUGAGCGCAAAGCCUGGCGCAGGCGUGAGCUCGCAUCAUGCACAAGCUCAGGCGGGCAAUCAGCAGCCUCCGUUGAUGCCGAUUGUGCUCACAUGGCGUGCUGGUGGCCGCGAAGUGUUUGUCACCGGAACCUUUGCCAACGAGUGGAGGUCCAAGAUCCUGCUGCAUAAGUCGAAACGAGACCACACCUGUGUGCUCCACCUGCCGCCGGGCACUCAUCGUCUCAAAUUCAUCGUCGACGACCGUUGGCGCGUCUCACGCGACCUGCCCACGGCUACUGACGGAGACGGCAACUUGGUCAACUAUGUCGAGAUACCCAAUGUUGGGCCCGCGCAUCCUGGUCCGCUUAGUGCGCCUGGAGAGGAUCUGCCUGGAGCCGAUGCCGACAACGGGCGCAGCGAGCGCAACUCCAAGAUCGAGUCCAAGAAGACCACCAUGAACCUGAUCGAGGAGGCGAGGAAGGCAGAAGCAAUGCGACUUGGACUGGACGACCUCUUCGACGACGAUGGCAACGACCAGGAGGAGACGUGGACAUCGGAAAUUCCAACUGCACUCAUCGAAGCGCAAGAGGCCGAAGAAGCUCAGCGUGAGGCGGAAGAGGACGGUCAAGCGCCAGCCCAUGCGCAGCAUGGAAGCGAUGGAGGCGGAGCCGUUUUGCCUCUUCCACCUGCACUGCCGCGCCAACUGGAGAAGGUGAUUCUCAACUCGUCACCGGCCAACCCUAGCAAUGGCACGAGCACGAGCAGCACCGUCGACGACAACAGCAUUCUGCCGGCACCCAACCACGUGGUGCUCAACCAUCUCACAGCCAGCAGCAUCAAAGGCGGAGUCUUGGCCGUGGGCACCACGACGAGGUACAAAAGAAAGUACGUCACCACGGUCUACUACCGUCCCGUUCAGGUGUGA